GUCUGCUGGAGAUGAUCCGAGAGCAAAGUGCAGUGAGGUUUGUGACUCUGAUCUGUGGCCGGCCGGUGUGGCCCAGUGGCGGAGAGACCAAAGUGGAACCAUGGCUGAAACCUCCACCUUAACCCCGUCGCCUUCAGCUGUAGGCGAUCCACCUGCGGCUCCGUCCAUCCCGCCACCCUCCACGGCCCUGCCCGACCCCAGCGGCCCCGCCUGGGAAGAGCUGUCCACCCCCAAGUCCUUCCUCUACCACGACAAACCCCCGAGCCCCCCCACCGCUACGCCCGCUGCACCUGCUGCGCCGGCCGGGGAUUCAACCCCACCUGUCCCCCUGACGGAGCGCGACCUGCUCCCGGGUCCCGCCGAUGGCGCUCCCGCCGUAGCCAUCAGCCCCGGCGUUCCGAUCCCCGUGGAAACCGUUGGAAGCGCCUCCCAGGGCAACGGCUCGGGAGUGACGGAGGUCCCGGCGACCGCGGCCGGCCCCGCGCCGUUUGUGAAACAAGAUGGCGGCGUCCCGGCCAAUCCCGACUCCACGGGCGUCGCCCCGAGCAGCCCCACUGAGCAUGUCGAGCCUCCGGCCGCCAUCACACCGCCACAGGCGUCGCCCACCUCCCCCGAUCCUAAGCCCACCCCUAACCUCUACCCCAGUGUGCACGUCGCCCAGAACCCAAACCCCUCCAUCCUGGACGACGCCCAGGCUGCCCCCAAGCAAGCUCUAGUCCCCGCCCCUAACCCUAACCCAGAGACCGCCCCCCCUGCUCCAGACUCCGCCCCCAGACCCACACCAGGGGAGACCGCCGCGGCCCCCGCCCAGGAGAAGCCUGCGCAGUCGCCACCGCCGCCGGUACCCCCGAAACCAAGCCCCGGGACCUGGUCCCCAAAGCAUCACGCCCCCCCGGCUACGGGAUUGGCAGAGACCCCCCCGGCGACGCCCUCCCGGGCUGAGCACCCGCCCUGCCCCCUCCCGGUGAUCCAGGAGCCGGCCGACUUCUACUGCCCCCCUCCACCCCCAAGGCGCGGCCCCGCCCUGGACACCAUGAGCUACCUGGAGUCGGCCAGCCUGAUGUCGGGCACCCUGGAGUCGCUCUCCGGCCUGGGGGAGGACGGCAGCUCGGUGGGCUCCGACUCGGAGGUCAACGGCGUGACGGCGAGACGCACCGACAAAUACGGCUUCCUCGGCGGGAACCAGUACAGCGAGAGCGGAGAUAAAGACAUCCGGCUGGAGGUGGCCCGGCAGAGAGAGAUGAAAUGGCUGGAGAUGUUCGGCAACUGGGACAAGUGGGUGAAGCAUCGCUUCCAGAAGGUGAAGAUCCGCUGCAGGAAGGGCAUCCCCUCGUCACUCCGGUCCAAAGCCUGGCAGCUGCUGUCCAACAGCCAGGACCUCCUGGACGCGAACCCCGGGAAGUUUGAGGAGCUGGAGAGGGAGCCGGGCGAGGCCAAGUGGCUGGACAUCAUAGAGAAGGACCUCCACAGACAGUUCCCCUUCCAUGAGAUGUUCGCUGCCCGCGGGGGUCACGGGCAGCAGGAUCUGUACCGCAUCCUGAAGGCCUACACCAUCUACCGGCCCGACGAGGGCUACUGCCAGGCCCAGGCCCCGGUGGCCGCCGUACUGCUCAUGCACAUGCCCGCCGAGCAAGCCUUCUGGUGCCUGGUCCAGAUCUGCGAGCGAUACCUUCCAGGCUACUACAGCGCCGGGCUGGAGGCCAUCCAGCUGGACGGGGAGAUCUUCUUCUCCCUGCUGCGCCGCACGUGUCCCAUGGCCUACCGCCACCUGAAGAAGUUCAAGAUCGACCCCAUCCUGUACAUGACGGAGUGGUUCAUGUGCAUCUUCUCCCGCACGCUGCCGUGGUCCUGCGUGCUGCGCGUCUGGGACAUGUUCUUCUGUGAAGGGGUGAAGAUCGUGUUCCGCGUGGGCCUGGUGCUGCUGAAGCAGAUGCUGGGCUCGGUGGACAAGCUGCGCGAGCUGCAGGGGAUGUACGAGACCAUGGAGCGCCUGAGGAACAUCUCUCCCGACCUGCUGCGAGAGGACGUGUUGGUGCAGGAGAUCGUGGUCCUCCCGGUGACGGAGUCCCUGAUCGAGCGCGAGUGCACCGUCCAGGUGAGGAAGUGGCGCGAGUCCAGGGGCGAGCUGACUCACCAGCCCGGCCGCCGGCUCAACGGCACGCGGGCCAUCCACGAGCAGAAGCGCCGCGCCUCCUCCAUCAGCUCCGGCGGCAGCUUCUCCUUCCUCGGGGGCGGGGGCACGCCGGCCCCGGGCCCCCUCAGGGCCUCCUCCAGCCUGCUGUCGCUCCCGGGCUUCCGGCGCUCUAAGGCGCCGUUCCACGCCCUGGUCAAGAAGGCGUCCUUCUCGGGGCCGUCGGGCGCCGACGCCAUGCCGCCGAUGCAACGGCCCCUCGCCGCCGCCGCCAGCCCCGUCCGAGGCCCCGCCCACAAGCCGCCGCUGCCCGGGGCAGCCCCCCGGGCGGCGGCCGCGCCCCACGUCCAGAGCCCCCUGGUGCUCACCGUGGGGGCCCCCGCGCCGGCGCAGCAGCCUCCAAAGCAGUCGUCGCCGGUGGCCCCCCAAGAGCAGCUCGACCCUCCCGCCCAGCCCACGUCACACAACCCCCCGCAGCAGGCCGCCAUGCAGCCCCCCACCACGCUGACGCCCUCCCCCGUGGUGGAGCAGGUGACGCCCUCCAUCCCCUCCCCCAUGGCCCACAACGCCCCCCUGAUGCCGGGGCCCCAGCAGGAGGAGGCCCCCGUGAAGGAGGGGCCCCCGGUCGGCCCCGAGGAGACGACGACGGCGACGGCCGACGGCGGCGGCAAGAAGAAGAGGAGGAGCAAGGAGGACAAGAGGAAGGAGAAGGAGGACGAGAAGCAGAAGCUGAAGGAGACGAAGGAGAAGAAGGAGCGCGACAAGACGGAGAAGGAGAGGCAGAAGAAGGAGAAGGAGCGCCAGGAGAAGGAGAAGAAGAAGGAGCGGUCGGGGAAGAAGAAGACGGCGGCCGUCGUCGCCGGACCCGAGCACGCCGCCAACGCCACCGGCGAGAGGAACGGAGGCGGGGCCCCCAAGGACUCUGCCUAGUUUCUGUUCCUCUAUCCCCCCCUCCUCCCCCCAUCCCCCCCCCCCCCACACCACUACCACACCACAGAAGAAGAAGUGAAGGCCACUGGGGGAGGGAG